CGAUGAUCGCAAAACACUAAAAUCUCUGUAUCUAUCUAUCUAUCUAGAGAAGAUAGGGACUCAUUUACACGGAUCCCAUCUUCAAUUAUCCGUCCUCUGUCCUGCCCCCACCAAUUUCUCCGAUCAGAAUUCGCUGCCCCUGAUUCUCUGCCUAUGUGAAAUGUUUCUUAACACUGUUUCUCCUGUAUAUGUAGUUGCUUCUCUCAACACAGCCCACCGUCGGUAGUAGAGUGCUUUGAUCAAAGAUGUUGGAGGAUCAGGUGGCCUACUUGUUGCAGAGGUACCUUGGCAACUACGUCAAGGGUCUCAAUAAAGAAGCUUUAAAGAUCAGCGUAUGGCAAGGUGAUGUUGAGCUAAACAAUAUGCAACUGAAACCAGAGGCUCUGAAUGCAUUAAAGUUGCCUGUGAAGGUUAAAGCUGGAUUCUUGGGCUCCCUAAAGCUGAAGGUUCCAUGGAGCAGACUUGGCCAAGAGCCAGUAGUUGUCUCUUUGGAUCGGAUUUUUCUAUUGGCUGAACCUGCAACUCAAGUUGAGGGGAGCAGUGACGAUGCAGUACAAGAAGUUAGAAAAAGCCGUAUAAGGGAAACAGAAAUGAAGCUCUUAGAAACUAGGCAGCAAAUAACUUCUGAAAUGAACAAAUCAUGGCUUGGCUCAUUGAUUGAUACAAUUAUCGGAAACCUGAAGCUUUCAAUUACAAAUAUUCACAUCAGAUAUGAAGAUUGUGAGAGUACUCCUGGUCAUCCAUUUGCAGCUGGCAUAACUUUGGAGAAGCUGUCUGCCGUAACAGUUGAUGACAAUGGGAAAGAGACAUUCAUUACUGGAGGUGCACUGGAGCAUAUCCUGAAGUCUGUGGAGCUUGAACAACUGGCAGUUUACCUGGAUUCAGACAGUAGCCCUUGGCAUCUUGAUAAACCUUGGGAGGAUUUGAAACCCAUUGAAUGGGGUCAGGUCCUUAAAUUUGGCACGACAAGUGGACAACCGGCUCAUAGUCUCAUAACAAACCACAAUUAUCUUUUGCAACCCGUUACCGGAAAUGCAAAAUACACAAAACUGCGGAAGAAUGAAUCUACUAAUAUUGGUCAACCACUGCAGAAAGUGUCUGUGAACUUGGAUGAUGUUACUUUCUGUUUAUCGAAGAGUGGUUACAGGGACUUACUAAGGUUAGCUGACAAUUUUGCUGCCUUUAAUCAACGGUUCAAAUAUGCUCAUUUCCGUCCACUUGUUCGGGUUAAAGAAGAUCCACAGUCAUGGUGGAGAUAUGCUUAUAGAGUUGUGUCAGAUGAGCUCAAGAAGGCUAGUGGGAAACUCUCUUGGGAACAUGUCUUGAAAUAUGCAAGGUUGCGUAAGCGGUAUAUUUCACUUUAUGCUUCACUUCUGAAAUCUGACCUCUGUCGGACAACUAUUGAUGACAAUAAGGAAAUUGAGGAACUGGACAGAAUACUUGAUUUCGAACUUAUACUACAGUGGAGGAUGCUGGCACAUAAGUUCGUGGAGCAGUCAGUGGAAUCUAAACUUUACCUGAAGAGGCAAAAUGAAAAGACGUCAUGGUCGUUAUUUAAAUGGGGUGGCCAGUCUAACAAGGAUGACGGUGAGUUGGGAGUCUUGGGUGAUGACGACUGGGAACAAAUAAACAAACUUAUUGGAUAUAAGGAGAGUGAUGAUGGCCAACUCAUUACAACUGAAACUAGGGGGGAUGUGCUUCAUACAUCAUUGGAAAUUCACAUGAGACAUAAUGCAUCAAAGCUUACUGAUGAUCAAGAAUGUAUUGCUGAAUUAUCCUGCAAAAAUCUAGACUGUUUUGUCAAGCUGUAUCCAGAGGCAAAAGUUUUUGAUGUGAAACUGGGAUCAUAUCAAUUGUCAUCUCCAAAUGGUCUUCUUGCCGAGAGUGGAACAGCCUAUGAUUCUCUGGUUGGUGUAUUCCACUAUAAGCCUUUCAACUCUGAACUGGAUUGGAGUAUGAUUGCAAAAGCUUCUCCAUGCUAUAUAACUUAUCUGAAGGAAGCUAUUGAUCGGAUAAUUAGUUUCUUUGAAAGCACUACUGCUGUUAGUCAAGCUGUAGCACUGGAAACAGCCGCUGUAGUGCAGAUGACCAUUGACGAAGUUAAGCGCACUGCACAACAACAAGUGAACAGAGCAUUAAAAGAUCAUACCAGGUUUCUUUUGGACUUGGACAUUGCAGCUCCCAAAAUUACAAUACCUUCAGACUUUUGUCCAGACAAUGUUCACUCAACAAAACUGCUCCUUGAUUUGGGAAAUUUGAUCAUUCGAAGUCAGGGCGAUAAUGACUUCGAAUCACCUGAUGAGAUGAAUUUGUAUUUGCAAUUUUUUAUGAUAUUGACGGAUGUAUCUGCUUUUCUGGUGGAUGGGGACUAUAAUUGGACUAACAAAUCUCACAAGAAGUCCGCAAAAUCAGCAAAUCUUGGUCCUUCUAGUUAUUUGCCUGUUAUUGAUAAGUGUGGGGUAGUCCUGAAACUUCAACAAAUUCGUUUGGAGAAUCCAUCUUAUCCAUCAACGAAGCUUGCAAUCCGGGUCCCUUCUCUGGGAUUUCACUUUUCUCCAGCUAGUUAUCAUCGGUUAAUGCAUGUGGGGAAGAUUUUUCAGCAGGAAGAAUCUGACAAUGCAGAGUUAGUUCAUCCUUGGAGCUCAGCAGAUUUUGAGGGGUGGUUAUCUCUUCUUACAUGGAAGGGUGUGGGAAACAGGGAAGCAGUGUGGCAGAGAAGAUAUGUGUGCCUUGUUGGACCUUUUCUUUAUGUAUUGGAAAAUCCCGACUCUAGAUCUUACAAGCAGUAUCUGAGCCUCCGAGGAAAACAAGUAUUCCAAGUUCCUGUUGAAAUGGUUGACAGUGUGGAUCAUGUAUUGGCUGUUUUUGAAUCUUCACGCCCCACUAGCAAGGUUAUCGAGGAUGGAAAUGCAUUGAUAUUGCGCUGUGAUUCGAAUGAUACUAAGAGAACAUGGCUGAGCCGUUUACAGGGUGCAAUUUACCGAGCAUCAGGUUCUGCUCCUAUAACAAGUCUAUCUGGCAGUUCAUCUGAUCAAGAGAGUCCAGAGACUGAACAGUUUGAGAAACAUGAUUCUUUGGACACACUAAUGGAGAAAAUAUUCCUCACUGGAGUUCUUGAUGAGUUGAAAAUAUGCUUUAAAUACAACCCAUCACAAGAUCAGAAAUUAACAAAUAUACUGCUAGCAGAGGAGGGUAAUCUGUUUGAAUUUCGAGCGACCGGUGGCCAAGUUGAACUUUCUAUAAGAGGAAAUGAUAUGUUCAUUGGCACUAUCCUGAAAUCACUGGAAAUAGAGGAUCUGGUGUGCUGCAAGGGAAUGUCUCAAUCAUGUUACUUGGCCAGAUCAUUUAUCGGGAAUGCUGAUGCAGCUUUGGGAUACUAUGAUGCUGAAGAAACUCAGGGUUUUGACAGUAGUUUAAAUCAAGACGAUGAAGAUAGGUUUUAUGAAGCACCUGAAGAUCUCAAUGAUUCUGAUGAUAGUCUAUCUGGAAAUAUGAGGUCUCAGAGCUCCCUUCUAUCAGAAAAAUCACUUUUACAGCCUCCUAGUUUUUUCCGUAUUGAUGGUCUUCUGCCUAGUGGUGCUGCACAAAAUGGUAAUACGAUGGAAGCAACCAACACAUUGGAUAGUUUUGUGAAAGCUCAAAUAGUAAUAAUUGAUCACAACUCAAUUUUGUUUAGGAACAUUGAUAAGCAGGUUUCUGUGACUCUUGCUACCUUGACAUUCUUCUGUCGGAGGCCAACUAUACUUGCCAUUCUCAAAUUUGUAGAUGCUAUUAACAUUCAAGAUGAAAGCGAUGAAUCUUUCACUAAGAAUUCUUCUGCAGUAAUCACUCAAAAUGAUACAUCAAUAGAAGAUGUUUUGCAUACUCAACAAGCUCCUGUUGCCUUCGACGAGCCUGUAGUCAAAGGUUUGUUAGGAAAGGGGAAAUCUAGAAUCAUGUUCUACUUAAUGUUAAAUAUGACCCGCGCUCAGAUAUUGUUGAUGAAUGAAAAUGACACCAAGCUAGCAACUCUAUCACAAGAUAAUCUGCUUACAGAUAUUAAGGUGUUUCCGUCUUCCUUUAGCAUAAAGGCUUCCCUUGGAAACUUGAGAAUCAGUGAUGACAGUCUACUCAAUGACCAUAUGUAUUUCUGGGUUUGUGAUAUGAGAAAUCCUGGUGGUAGCUCAUUUGUGGAGUUAGACUUUAGUUCAUUUAGUGUUGGGGAUGAAGAUUAUGCAGGCUAUGAAUACAGCCUUCUUGGGGGUCUCUCUGAAGUGCGGAUUGUGUAUCUGAACCGGUUUGUCCAAGAGGUUGUGGGUUACUUCAUGGGCCUCGUACCCAAUAAUUCUAGGGAUGUUGUUAGACUGAGAGAUCAGGCAACGAACUCCGAGAAAUGGUUCACAACUAGUGAAAUUGAAGGAUCACCAGCUAUGAAACUGGAUCUUUCACUUAGGAAACCUAUAAUAUUAAUGCCACGGAGCACAGACAGCCAUGAGUACUUGAAACUUGAUGUCGUUCACAUAACUGUCCAAAACGCUUUCAGAUGGUAUGGGGGUAACAAAGAAGAAAUAAAUGCUGUACACGUGGAAAUGCUUUCUAUAAUGGUUGAAGACAUCAAUCUCAAUGUGGGUACUGGAGACGAACUGGGUGAAAGCAUAAUUCAAGAUGUGAAAGGAGUUUCAAUUAUUAUCCAUAGAUCUCUCAGAGAUCUGUCUCAUCAAAUUCCCAAUAUAGAAGUACAAAUUAAGAUAGUGGAACUGAAUGCAGCUCUGUCUAAUAAAGAAUACCAGAUAAUCACCGAAUGUGCUCUUUCAAAUAUUUCGGAGACUCCAAAAAUAGUGCCUCCAUUGAUCCAAGAUUCUGGGACACCUUCUGUUGUUACAGAGGAUCCACCAUUUUCUCAAGAUUUCGAAGCUACCAAUUCUGAAAAUCAGAAUAGUGCUUCAUGGAUCACUAUGAAGGUUUGCAUUGACAUAGAUUUGGUUGAGUUGCGCCUACAUUAUGGCAUAGCAAGUGAUGCUUCUCUAGCAACUGUGCAGGUAAGUGGUGGUUGGUUUCUGUACAAGACCAAUACCAUAGGAGAUGGAUUUCUAUCGGCUUCUCUUAAAGGUUUCACCGUGAUUGAUGAUCGUGAGGGGACUGAGCAAGCACUUAGGUUGGCAAUACGAAAACCUGAGAGCAUUGGAUACAGUUCUUCAGAUUAUGAAACUGAUAAUAAAAACCAUCCAGUGGACGCAGCUCACAUUCAAGAAAAUGAAGGGACAAAACCAGUUCCUACAAUGCUUAUUCUUGAUGCAAAAUUUAGUCAAUAUUCUACAUUUGUCUCUUUGUGCGUGCAAAGGCCACAGUUGCUUGUUGCACUUGAUUUCCUGCUGGCUGUUGUUGAGUUUUUUGUUCCAACCGUCCGUAGUCUGCUUUCAAAUGAAGAAGGGGAGAAUGAUGUUGAUUUUCUGGACGCAAUCAUUCUGGAACAAUCAAUUUAUUGUCAACCCUCUUCCGAAUUAUUUCUCUCCCCUAGGAGGCCUCUAGUUGCUGACGAUGAGAGUUUUGACACUUUUGUUUAUGAUGGCAGAGGUGGAACUCUGUAUUUACAAAAUGAAUGGGGUUCCAUCCUUUCAUCUCCAAGCUCUGAGGCUGUCAUUUAUGUUGGAAAUGGAAAGAGAUUGCAGUUUAAGAACGUUACCAUUAAGAAUGGUCAAUAUCUGGACUCCUGUAUUUUGUUGGGAGCCAACAGUAGUUAUUCAGCUUUAAAGGAUGAUAAAGUCUAUUUCGAGAGUGUUCAAUAUCCUCAAUCAAAUUCUUCAGCGGAAGCUUCUGGAAGUGAACCAUGUAAAAAUCCCUCUACAGGGAGAUCUACAGAAUUUGUCUUUGAGCUGCAGGCAAUUGGUCCCGAGCUAACCUUUUAUGCUACAUCAAAAGAAGUUGGAACGACUAGCUUAUCUAACAAACUUUUACAUGCCCAGUUGGAUGCAUUCAGCAGGGUUGUCAUGAAGGGAGAGACAAUGGAAAUGAACACAAAUAUACUUGGCUUAACCAUGGAAAGCAGUGGUAUCAGAAUAUUGGAACCAUUUGAUGCCUCCAUGAAGUUUUCAAACAUCUCUGGAAAGAUGAACAUACACUUUUCUGUUUCGAAUAUCUUCAUGAAUUUUUCAUUCAGCAUCUUGAGACUCUUUAUAGCAGUGGAGGAUGACAUUUUGGCAUUUUUGAGGACCACAUCAAGAAAAAUGACUAUUCUUAGCUCUGAGUUCGACAAAGUAGGGACAAUCAAAAAUCCUAACACUGAUCAAAUAUUUACAUUUUGGAGACCGCGUGCACCUCCUGGUUUUGCUGUCUUAGGCGAUUACCUCACACCGCUCAACAAACCACCUUCAAAAGGAGUCAUUGCAGUGAACACCAGCUUAGUUAGAGUCAAGAGGCCUGUAUCUUUCAACCAAGUUUGGCCUCCCAUUGAUGCUGCUGCUGAUCCUCAAUUUGAUAUGCAGAACUGUUCCAUCUGGUUCCCAGUAGCACCCAAAGGUUAUGUUGCUCUAGGCUGUGUGGUCUCUACUGGAAUGGCACAACCUCCGUUAUCUUCUUCCUUCUGUAUCAUGGCUUCUUUAGUUGCUCCAUGCACCCUGAGGGAUUGUAUUACAAUCAAAGCAAACAACUCAUACACCUUGCUUACGGCAUUUUGGCGUGUGGAUAAUUCCCUUGGCACAUUCUUGCCAGCAGACCCAUCAACAUUGGGCUUAAUUGGUAGAGCAAGUGAAUUGCGACACAUGUAUUUUUUUCCAUCGUCUAGAGUAGCCAAAAGAUCCGAGAGUGAAGCAUAUAAUUCUGGUCAUAUUCCUCCUGUCCAGUCAGAAGGUCCAUCAAAUGUGAAUUCUGGACAACGCUUUGAGGUUGUUGCGAGUUUCCGUUUAAUAUGGUGGAAUCAAAACUCAAACUCGGGGAAAAAAUUAUCCAUAUGGCGUCCUAUGGUUCCUCCUGGAAUGGUCUAUUUUGGAGAUAUUGCUGUACAAGGGUAUGAGCCUCCAAAUUCUUGCAUUGUUCUCCAUGAUACUGAAGGUGAUGAGCUCUUAAAGCCUCCCCUAGAUUUUCAACUUGUUGGACAGAUAAAGAAAAGAAGACGUACAGAAAGUAUUUCAUUUUGGUUGCCCCAAGCUCCUCCAGGUUUUGUUUCUUUGGGAUGUAUUGCAAGUAAGGGUAUGCCAGAGCAAUCUGACUUGAGCUUACUAAGAUGUGUGCGAAGCGACAUGGUUACGGGAGACCAGUUUCAAGAGGAAAGCAUAUGGGAUACAUCAGAUAAGAAGUCCAGAGGUGAAUCUUUUAGCAUAUGGACUAUUGACAACGAGUUUGGGACCUUUAUAGUUCGUACUGGUUUCAAGAAACCUCACAAAAGAUUUGCUCUAAAGCUUGCUGAUCCAGACAUGGCAACUAGUUCAGAUGAUAUUGUGAUUGAUGCAGAAAUAGGAACAUUUUCAGCAGCACUUUUUGAUGACUAUGGUGGCCUGAUGGUUCCCUUGUUUAACAUAUCUUUAAGUGACAUUGGAUUCAAUUUGCAUGGAAGAUCUGGCUCCUUGACUUCCUUCAUAAGUUUCUCAUUGGCUGCAAGAUCAUAUAACGAUAAGUAUGAAGUUUGGGAGCCACUUAUUGAACCUGUUGAUGGAUUCCUAAGGUACAUGUACAAUCAGAAUGCCCCUGGAACUCCUUCUCAGCUACGUCUUACAUGUCCGAAGGAUUUGAAUGUGAAUGUUUCAGUUUCUAACUGUAACAUGUUUUUUCAAGCUUAUGCAAGUUGGAGCAAUCUUGCACAAGUCCAUGAUGCUCUCAAGGAUAGAGAGACAUCUUCUCCAACUUAUCCUGGCAGAUCUUUUCUUGAUGUGCAUCACAAGCAUGAUUAUUAUCUUAUUCCACAAAACAAUCUUGGCCAAGAUAUUUUCAUUCGAGCCACUGAGAUCAGAGGGAUUUCCAAUGUUGUUAAGAUGCCAUCGGGAGAUAUGAAACCUAUAAAAGUUCCAGUUUGGAAAAAUAUGUUGGAUUCACACCUGAAAGGGAACCUCUGCAAGAAAUCUAGAACAGUGGUUGCAAUUAUAAUAUCAGAAGCUGAGAUCCCAAGGAUAGGUGGUUUCUCAUCACAUCUCUACACUGUAGCAGUUCGUGUUAGUCCUGAACAAGUCAUUGCAGGAGAGUUUCUACGGAAUCCUCAAAGUGCACGCACAUGUGGAAUACGUGCAGCUCAUAAUUCUAAUUCAGAUUAUGAAAUGGUGAAAUGGAAUGAAAUGCUUUUCUUCAGAGUUGAUACAUUGGAGGGAUACAUGGUGGAACUGGUAGUUACUGACACGGCAAAAGGUGAUCCAGUUGGAUACUUCUCAGCUUCCCUGAAACAUAUGGCUGAAACAUUUUUGGGUGAACUGACUUGGUUAGAACUAUCUCCAGUUGAAUCAGCGCAAAACGGUCAAGUUGAAAAUCCCCAGAAUUCAUAUACUAGAAUAAGUUGUGCUGUUCUCUUGUCACCAGCACAUGAAAUGGAAAUCAGAGAGUAUUCAGCUCAUCUAGAUAAUAAAUCGGGAUACAUUCAGAUUAGUCCUUCUAAGGAAGGGCCUUGGACUACUGUGAGGCUAAACUAUGCUGCACCAGCUGCUUGCUGGCGUCUGGGCAAUAAUGUUGUUGCCAGUGAAGUCAAUGUAAAGGAUGGAAACAGAUAUGUGAGCAUAAGGUCUUUGGUCUCAGUGCGCAAUAACACGGAUUUCACAUUAGAUUUAUGCCUCAAGCACAGAGCUUUGGAUGAUGGAUCCGAGGAACUGGAUACCACCAUUGAUUUGCAAGAGAGAAACAUUACUGGAAGGUUUGAGACAGAUGUAUUAUUUGAAACUGAAAAAUAUGAUCCUUCUAUUGGAUGGGUUGAUUGUAAUGUUCAACCUAACAUAGAUCACACAGCAGUUGGAGGCUUUCAUCAGGGAAUGUCCAGGUUUGAGUUGCCAUCAGGCUGGGAUUGGGUAGAUGAUUGGCAUUUGGAUAAGACAACCAUUGCUGUAGAUGAUGGAUGGGUUUAUGCUCCAGAUUUUGACAGUCUCAAAUGGCCUGAGACCUUCAGCUCUAAAGAUUCUAAGAACUUUGCAAGGCAAAGGAAAUGGAUCAGGAACAGAAAAUGGACAUCAGUAGGCACAAGGCAAGAUACAUUUGUAGGGCCAUUAAAGCCAGGGGAAAGUCUUCCUCUUCCUCUAUCAUCUUUGACUCAGAAUGAAAUGUAUAUUCUACAAUUGAGACCAUCAAAUCUGGAUUCUAUGGAAUUUUCAUGGAGUAAUUUAGCAGAUCGCCCCAAGAACUCAGAUGAAUGUAAUGAAAAUAAAGAAAAUUCUGAGAUUUGUCUCUCAAAUCUCGUGGAGACUGACGAACUCUUGUUUUGUUCCCAAAUUGGGGAAACCUCAUCAAACACUUCACGUGGAAUAUGGUUUUGUCUAAGUAUACAGGCAACAGAGAUUGCAAAGGACAUUCAUUCUGAUCCUAUUCAAGAUUGGAGUCUGAUUGUGAAAUCUCCACUAUCCAUCACAAAUUAUCUUCCUUUGUCAGCAGAAUAUUCUGUACUCGAGAUGCAAUCAAGUGGUCAUUUUGUUGCCUGUACAAGGGGUGUAUUCCCUUCUGGGAAAACUGUGAAGAUUCACACUGCUGAUAUAAGAAAGCCUUUGUACUUCUCCCUGCUGCCACAAAGAGGAUGGCUUCCAAUACAUGAUGCUGUUCUGCUAUCACAUCCAAGGAGAGAACCAUCUAAAUCAAUAAAUUUAAGGAGUUCAAUUUCAGGGAGGGUGGUUCAGAUUAUAUUGGAACAGAACAAUAACAAAGAGAGACCUCCACUCGCAAAGAUCAUUAGAGUAUAUACACCUUAUUGGAUAACAGUUGCACGGUGUCCAUUGCUGACAUUUAGGCUGUUGGAAUUGGCAACAAAGAGAGAAGCUCGUAAAUCUACUUUUGCUUUCAAGUCAAGAAAGAAAAAUGAGGUUCUUGUGGAGGAGAUAACUGAUGAGGAAUUGUAUCUUGGUUGUUCAAUUGCGUCUGCAUUAAAUUUCAAAUCCUUAGGUCUGUCUGUGUCCAUUAGUCCAUCUGGAGGUGACAGUUUUGGACCCAUUAAAGAUCUUUCUCCACUUGGUGACAUGGAUGGGUCUGUUGAUCUUUAUGCUUAUGAUGUUGACGGUAAUUGCAUCCACCUUUUUAUAUCUUCAAAGCCAUGCCCUUAUCAAUCCAUUCCAACAAAGGUGAUUUCUGUUCGACCAUUCAUAACUUUUACAAAUAGGCUUGGUUGUCAAAUCUUUUUGAAGUUGAAUAGUGAAGAUGAGCCUAAAGUACUGCAUGCAUAUGAUUCCCGUGUCUCCUUUGUCCAUCAUCCAUCAGAUGGACCCAAUGCACUCCAGGUGAAACUAGAAAAUACUGAGUGGUCAUUUCCUACUAAAAUAUUCAAGGAAGAUACAAUUUUCUUGAUGUUGAGGAAAGCUGAUGGCGGUCGUACAUUUUUGAGGAUAGAAAUCAGAGGCUAUGAAGAAGGGUCACGUUUUAUCAUUGUAUUUCGUAUUGGUUCUGAAAAUGGUCCAAUCAGGCUUGAGAAUAGAACAGUUAGCAACCUGGUAAGCAUUCGCCAAUCUGGUUUCGGUGAUGAUGCUUGGGUUCAGUUGCAACCGCUUUCAACUAUCAAUUUUACUUGGGAGGAUCCCUAUGGACAAAAGCUUAUUGAUGCUAAAGUUGAGAAUGGCUCUAUAACUACAUUUUGUAGUCUUCAUUUGGAUAAGGCAGGAAUAAGUCAAAUGGAAGGAGUUUCAGGAAUGCAUUUUAUGGUUAUAGAGAUAGAUGAUAUCAAGAUUGGGAGGUUCACAGAUGUUAGUUUAUCAGAAUCUCCUUCAAACGAGAUAAGCAGAAUAAUCUCUAGUGUAGGUAAUUUGGGAAACUCUCACACCCAGAGCAAGUCUCAGGAUGCAACUCCUGUGGAGUUUAUAGUUGAGCUGGGAAUUGUAGGGAUUUCUCUCAUAGACUACAAACCAAAAGAGCUCUUGUACUUAUAUCUUGAGCGUGUUGUCCUGUCUUAUUCUACUGGCUAUGAUGGUGGAAUGGUGAACAGGUUUAAGCUCAUUCUUGGUCAGUUGCAGCUCGAUAACCAGCUGCCUCUUACCCUGAUGCCUGUGCUGUUGGCCCCAGAACAUGCCGCUGAUGUGGACCAUCCAGUUUUCAAGAUGACUCUUACUAUUCAUAAUGAAAGCGCUGAUGGGAUCCAAGUCUAUCCAUACAUUUAUAUACGGGUAACAGAUAGGAAUUGGCGGCUUAACAUCCAUGAGCCAAUCAUUUGGGCAUUGGUCGAUUUCUAUAACAAUCUUCAGCUAGAUCGUAUUCCCCAAAGUUCUAAUGCCAGCCAAGUUGACCCGGAGAUCCGAAUAGAUUUAAUAGAUGUUUCUGAAGUGAGGGUUAAGGUGUGUCUGGAGACAGAACCAACAUUAAGACCGCCUGGUGUCCUGGGUGUCUGGAGCCCUAUAUUAUCAGCUGUUGGAAAUGCAUUUAAAGUCCAGGUUCAUCUUCGGAAAGUAAUGCACAGAGAUAGAUUUAUGAGGAAAAGUUCUGUUCUUCCUGCUAUUGGAAACCGCAUAUGGCGGGAUCUUAUCCACAAUCCCCUGCAUUUGAUCUUCUCCGUAGAUGUACUUGGUAUGACCAGUUCUACAUUAGCAUCUCUCAGUAAGGGCUUUGCUCGGCUCUCUACAGAUGGACAAUUUCUGCAAUUGCGAUCAAAGCAGGUAUGGUCAAGAAGGAUAACUGGUGUCAGUGAUGGAAUUAAGCAAGGCACGGAAGCUCUUGCACAAGGGGUUGCUUUUGGAGUGACUGGUGUAGUUACUAAGCCUGUUGAAAGUGCUAGACAAAGUGGGCUUAUAGGGUUUGCUCAUGGCUUAGGACGUGCUUUCUUGGGAAUAAUUGUACAGCCUGUGAGUGGGGCAUUAGAUUUCUUCUCAUUAACAGUUGAUGGCAUAGGCGCAAGUUGUACCAGAUGCUUAGAGGUUCUCAGUAACAGAACAACACUUCAGAGAAUUAGAAACCCUCGGGCAGUUCACAUAGAUAAUGUAAUAAGAGAGUAUAACGAGAGAGAAGCUGUUGGACAGAUGAUAUUAUAUCUCGCAGAAGCAAGUCGACAUUUUGGAUGCACGGAUAUCUUCAAAGAACCCUCAAAAUUUGCAUGGUCUGAUUAUUAUGAGGAUCAUUUCUCAGUGCCUUACCAGAGAAUUGUCCUAGUGACUAACAAACGGGUCAUGCUGCUGCAGUGUCUGGCCCCAGAAAAGAUGGAUAGAAAGCCUUGCAAGAUCUUGUGGGAUGUACCUUGGGAAGAGCUGUUAUCGGUCGAAUUGGCAAAAGCUGGCGGCUCCACUCCAUCUCACUUAAUUCUGCAUAUCAAGAAUUUCAGGAGAUCACAAGUCUUCGUUCGAGUCAUAAAGUGCGGCUUAGAAGAGGAUUCGCUGCAAGCGGAGCCUCAGGCAGUGAGGAUCUGUUUGGCUGUACGAAAAAUGUGGAAAACUCACCAAUCCAACAUGAGAAGUCUAACGUUGAAGGUUCCUUCUAGCCAGAGAAAUGUGUGUUUUGCUUGGAGUGAUGCUGAAGGAGCAAACUCUCACAGAACCAUGAAACCAAUGUUGAAGUCAAGAAAGAUGUCUUCUUCAAGUCCCCUACCCGAUGAAAGGAGAUUUGUGAAAAGGAGUAUUAAUUUUUCAAAGGUUUGGAGCAGUGAAUUAGAUUCAAAAGGUAGAUGCACACUUUGCAAAAAGAAGGCACAGGAAGGUUCUAGAGUCUUCAGCAUUUGGAGACCAGCCUGCCCUGAUGGGUACGUCUCGAUUGGGGAUAUAGCUCAUGUGGGAAGACAUCCUCCUAAUGUUGCAGCUGUGUACCGAAUUAGUGAUCAACUCUUUGCACCACCAAUGGGCUAUGACCUUGUGUGGAGAAAUUGUGCAGAAGACUAUGUAAAUAAGGUAUCAAUCUGGUAUCCGCGUGCCCCCGAGGGAUUUGUGUCUCUAGGAUGCGUGGCUGUAGACGGUUAUGAGGAGCCAGAAGGGGAUUUAGUGUACUGCAUUUCGGAAUCAGUUGUGGAGGAGACAACAUUUGAAGACCAGAAGAUUUGGUCAUGUCCGAAUUCAUAUCCAUGGGCAUGUCAUAUUUAUCAAGUGAAAAGUGAUGCUCUUCAUUUUGCUGCACUAAGGCAACCUAGAGAGUAUUCUGAAUGGAUACCCAAGAGGGUUCUUGAUCAACUUCACCUUGCAGACCAAUCAUCAUUUGACCCAUCAACAUCUUAAUUAUUAUUACUGCAAUCUUCUACGGGCGAGCCUUUUUUUCACAAACUAUUCGAUUGAUUUGUUUUUGCAUUUUCAUUUUUAUUAAAGCAAACCCAUUUGUUGUCGUUUGGCCGUUAACUUGCAUACAGUAAAUUAUUGGUAAAAUACAAACAAACAAAAGAAAAGCAUUAUAGAUUU